AUGAGAAUAAAAUCACUUAAAUCUCUUAUUUUAUCAAUAAUUUUUGCUAUUGCAAUCUUCAAUACUUUAACUUCGGCUCAAUCAUACGAAAGAAGAUUAUUGACAUCAGGUUCUUCAUAUUCAUCUUUAAAACCAAGGCAAUCUUGCCAACCCAAUUCUUAUAAAUGUCCAAAUGGUCCUGGAUGUUGCCCUGUGGGCGAAACAUGCCUUGAUAACGAUUUGUGUAGUGCUAGUUGUACUUCUACUUCGGUUCCACUUGCAGCGGUAACUUCAUUUGCAGCCGUUAAUAAUAUUUGUAAGACCUAUUUUUAA